UUCAAAUAAGACUUUUACACUAUUCAGUUAUUAUGAAAACAUUUAUGUAAACCCAAAACCUAAUUAAUUGUGAAGAGAAAGUGGUCGAGUAAAACUAUUACAACAAUUGAAACAUAUGAACUUCAUACAACAUUAGAACACAAUACUAUAAUUUUAGUUUAAAGAAUAUUAUGUUAAAAACGUUAUUUUAGUAGUUGUUUGAAACUAACAAAGCCACUGCUGAAAAUGAAACUUAACGGAGCUCAUUGCUAAUAUAAAUAAUAAAAAUAAUUAUAAGACUUAUUUAUGUAGGAAAUAUGCAUUAUUGGUGACGAAUUAGGCACUAUAAAUUAUACAGUUUUAUAAACAUGCAGACAAUAGAAAAUCACUUUUAAAAUGUAUUUAAUGUUUAAUUUUAUAUAAAUACUUUCCACAAAACAACAGCAUGUCUUCAAAAGAUUUUGAGAAGAAACAAUAUAGGAGACACAGAAUAAAGUUAUAGGCUGCUUUUGUCAACUCAUAUACAACUCUUACAAGGAAAGUUCACCCAAGAAUGAACUCUUAUUUACUCACGAUUACGUGAUUUCAAACUUUCUUCUGCAGAACACAAUUUUUUUUUUGAAGAACGUUAAUAAGCAACAUUGGACCCUACUGACAUUCAUUGUAUGGACACAAAACUACUGAGACAUUUCUUAACAUAUCUUCUUCUGUGUUUCCCAGAAGAAAGAAAGUUGUGCAUGUUUAAACCACGCGAGGGUGAAGAAAUUAUUUUUAUUUUUGUGUGAACUAAAACCUGCUCAAAAUGCGUGAUUGCCUAAUAUUACCAGGAGAUGGCGCAACAGACUUUGUUACACAUUUUCACUCAAUAAUGACUGCUGAUUGUGGAUGUACUGUAGAUGUAGAUCAGCGGAAGUGGGGUUUUUCAUUCUCCUUGAAACACAAAGAGGUAAAAGUUACAAACACACACACCAACAUGAAAAUAAAUUGCUUAUCUGUCAGAAAGAAAGUACAAAUAUAAAACUAUCACAAUAAAUCUGUAACACUAUUUGUUGAAAUCUAGUAACAAACAUUAUUUGUUUUUGUAUUUUAAGAAACUGCAAAGUUUCGUGUGGAAUCUGCGCAUGGCAACUGGCGGCACUUGCGCGGUUUUAUGGAGGAUGCAGCGAGCAGACUCCGAGAUGCUCAACGAAACCGGACAAACACCAUCGUCAUCCGCGGGUACCACACAUCUCAUCCUGCAGACAUUAAUAUAUCUGCGAACUAAACACAAUCACAGCCGUAGGGCUAUUUCUGAGGCCGCGGUAAUGGAGGAUGAAAGGAGGGCCGCGCAGAGGUAGGACUCCGCCGCAGAUUCUGGCUGGCUCCGGUUACUGCAAGUGGUUUAACGUCCGCAUGGGGUUCGGAUUUAUAUCGAUGACCAGCAGCGAGGGGAAAUCAGUUGACCCACCACUGGACGUGUUCGUGCACCAAAGUAAGCUGGUGAUGGAGGGCUUCAGGAGCUUACGGGAGGGCGAGCAGGUGGAAUUCACCUACAAGAGGUCGAGUAAAGGUCUGGAGUCGCUCAGGGUCACGGGGCCCGGUGGGGGCCCCUGCUCCGGCAGCGACCGACGCCCUAAAGGGAAAGUCCCACCCCCCAAGCGCAAACCAAAGGGAGACCGGUGUUACAACUGUGGUGGUCUGGACCAUCACGCUAAAGAGUGUGGCCUUCCCCCCCAGCCAAAGAGAUGUCAUCGCUGUCAAAGUGUCACACACAUGGUGGCCCAGUGUCCCCACAAGAGGGCGUUGUCUCCCUCCACGUCUCAGGACUCCCACCGCCCCACCACCUCAGCUCAGUCCCAGGAGGAGGGGAGCCGGUCGGGCUCGUCCUCUCCGGAGGAAGCGAGUCAGCGCGGCGCUCACUCUCAGCGCUGGAGGAAGAGUCGGGACUGAGAGGAAUCUCGUCUGACAGGUUCCCUUUGGCUUUCACCUCAUCUCGACGGAGCCCGGAGCCAAAAAUCAACUACCUCACAUGCCCGGGUCACCGAGGAGGCCCUCCCUCCUGUGCAGCUAUGGUAUCAGUCGAUGGGGAUUACACGCCUGCGUGUGUGUUUUCAAUGAGCAAUCGCAGCAACCUCUGAGAUGUGUGCGUGGUACAUAGAUCAAAUAUCGAGCAUGGAAGAAAAUCGUCAGUCAGUACGUUUUAUACUUGCAUCUGCGGUUUAGGUUCAGACACAAUUACAAAAUUACAAAAACUCUUUUUAAUCAGGGUCGUUGCUAAUAUUCACAGGUCCCGGGACAAAAUCUUUCUCUUCAUCACAGAAGACUUUAGCAGCCCCUCUUAUCACAACAAUGACCCUGAUGACAAUAUUCAUUUCUUUAGAGUGCUUUACAAAUCAAAUCAAAUAAGCGACUUCUAACUUGUGAACUGUGACAUUACAAAUGAUUUUAACCCCCCGUUGAGGUUUUGACCUCCGUAGUCGCACCCGCUAAUAUGAAGUAUCCAAGUGUUUGCGUGUGUGCAGGUUGUUUUGUUGUAUGAUGAAGAGUUCGAGAUUAGACUGUUAGUUAACCAGCGGUAAAUAGGACUGAAGACAUGAAACUGAAGAUGACUAGAGUUAAGCAAUGUUUUGCAGACUGUUCUCUAGCUCAUGAUGAUAAUAUGAGGCAUUUAUAUGUGAUGUUGAAGAAUAGAUCAUACGGAGUGUGUAGGUCGAUGAAGUUGAUGUUGCAUGAUGGCGUUUCGGUUUGAUUUCACCCCGUUCUCAUGCAUUCAGGUUUUAUCACAGAGUCUCAAAUUUUAGGGGAGGGGAAUUGUGCGGUGUUCACGACACGGUGGCAUUAUCGUAAAUACAAAAUCAGAACCAAAUUGAAAGAAGCAUUAAGAGUUAAAGAUAUUGAACUGUUGAUUUUGGCGCUUAGUUGUCAGGCAGAUUUAAGCACAGUUUUAUACGAGAUGCAUUCCUUUCAAUGCUUAAAGCGACACUCCACCCAAAUAUGAAAAUUCUGUCAUGAAUUAUUCCCCCCCCCCCCCAAGGUCCUUGGCAAACUAAAUAUUAAAGGGAUAUUCCACCCAAAUAUGAAAAUUCUGUCAUCACUUACUCAGCCUCAAGUUGUUCCAAACCUGUAUAAAUGUCUUUGUUCUGUUAAACACAAAGAAAGAUAUUUGGAAGAAUGUCAGCAGACAUUUCUGGGACAUCAUUGACUAGUAGGAAAAAUUAAAAAGGUACAUUCUACAUUCUUCACAAUAUCCUUUUUUGUGUGUUAAACAGAACAAAAAUCAUGACGCGAUUAUUUUUUCUACAAUGGAAGUCAAUGGUGUGCCAGAAAUGUCAGUUGCUAACAUUCUUCUAAAUAUCUCUCCGUGUUCAUUUUUGGGUGGAGUAUACCUUUAAUAUUUAGUUUGCCAGCUGUUUACAGACAUUCGGGGUAUUAAAGAAUCAUUUGGGUUUUAGUAUUUAAAUGUUUUAAGUGAAGGUGAUUUAAAGUUAAAGAGUUGGGGGUUGUGGCUUUUAGUUUGCCGGUUUGCUUGGAGGUAUUUUUAAGGUAGCAUUGAUCCUAAAACUCGCCUUUUAGUGGAUGUACAAAUUUGACUAUUUGUCUAUUGUGGAAAAACUAACCAAAAAUACGAAUAACCUAUCUUGCAGAGGGAUAAGCUGAUUUUUGUCUUACAUUUUUUAGAGAGCUAAAUCAUACCCGGACAAACUGUUCAUUUGCAGUCGCAAUCAUAUUAAUGCCAGCUAAUGUGAAAUUUCGAGUUGGAUUUUUGAGUUAAUCCUGUAAAAUGGGUUAAAUCGCUUCUGCCUCCAUCUAGAGUAUUAUCAACACCCCAGAGUGUCACACAUGAUAUGUUUUCUGUAUUUAGGUUGGUGACCCAUGUGGUGUGGUUUCACACACCUGCGUGUUUUUCUCAGUCAGCCGAAUGUUUAUCAUCUCUAUCAGCUGACGAAUGUUUAUCUUUCAAAGCCUUAGUGAGUUGUAUCUGCCGCUGGUGGAGAUCUGGAUGAUCUAACAGGUGUAUUAUAACAGUUAAACUGCUGGAGAUUUAUCUACUACAAUCAUCUACUGCAUACAAGCAAAAGAUACAGAACAGAAGUGCACUUGAUCAAACAGCGUUGUUAGAAAACAUAGUUUACACGUUAGUUUACUGUUUAUCUGCCCAUAAUAUCCUUUAGUUGACAGUCCGCUAUCAUUUUUGCCUUUUAUUGUGUGAAGCAAGACGAGUGUCAUAGAGCAGCAUUUAACAUCCCCAGCACACAUCUGUAUCAUCUCUCAGAUUUUUUUUUUUGUAUUCAUUUAGUCCUGAUUUGGGGUAGUCGGAGGGAUGGAGAUUCAUGAUUGAAAAUGUGCUUUUUUGAUUUGGUGAUUAAAUAUAAAUCAGAUUUCAUUGUGAGAUUCACUUGAGAACUUAUUUUUAUAAAUCUGGCCGUAGCUCUCGUGAGCAGAGAAGUUGAGUGUAACGGAUCUAAAUCUCAUUACGCUAGAAAUCAACAUCACGGAGAUGUAUUUUUGUGUUCUCUGAAAAGUGAAAGGCAAACAAAACAAUCCGACGAUACUGAAUGUGGAACUCUCGCUCCGUUUAAAGCAACACGACUGUUCCUGGCCGUUGACUGGAUGGACUUUUGAAUUCCCUGUGUGAUUUGACAAAUCAAUCGGCUGGUGUCACAUGGUUUAUCGGAGGGCGUUCACGUAAUCUGUGUGUGUUUUGGUAUAAAUGUUUAUGCCAAAGACUGUACUGGAAGCAUUAGAGGUGUGCGAUCCGUUCUCUUUAUACCUACACUUGAAACAGGAGAGGAACUGUCGUAAAGUUCAGCGCUCGUGCUGUGAAACAGCCCUAUGAAUGUGUGUGCGUGCGUGUGCAUCGUAUUUAAUCGAUCGAGAGCACAGACAAAAAAAAUCUAUCUUUGAGAGAAAGAAACUGACCAAAUGACAGAAAUAGCACAGUCUCGAAUCCCAAACCUCAUACGGCGACAAUAGAUUUAUACACAUUGUAUUUUUAUACAUUUCUACCCACAAUUCUUCUCAGGAUGAAUUUCUCUCAGGGAACGAACCAAAUAAGUGUAUUCGACGUUAUUUCUGUUUAUUAACAUUUAACUGAAUCUAUUUACUGUUAGUUAUAAACUCACUGACACGUUCUCAUAUAUUAGCACUACCUCUUUUAGUUCCAUGUAAACGAAAGUUUUCUGUUUUGGUGUUUUGUUUUGUUCCCCCAGAAGAUUAACCGAGUGUUAAGUCCUUGUUUUAGUUCUCAGUUUUACGGUAAUAAUUUGCUUUUUGUUUUGUUUACAGCAGCAGCAUCUACCUCAUUUUCGCUCAUCUCCAGUUAAACUCAUUCUGGUCCAUUUGCUGGUCUGGGGUCAGUGUGUGUUUUUAUUUUUUAUUCUUAAGAUGGGAAAUUGACUUCCUCUCUUUUUAGACUAACUCCAGUUCAAAGUUCAAAACUAGUAUUUUUUUCUUGACUGAUGUUACUUGUUCCGCAUCAGUAUCUGCGGUUAACUGUUUGAGCUGAAGGAUUCUAGUGUUACACAAAAUAACACACUAAACUAUAUGACGGCUUUCUAAGAGGGGUGUUAAGAGAGUUAUUUGGUUAUUAGACGUGUGCCUUUUAUUUCUUUAAGCUUAGACGUUUACUGGGAGGCCGACAGUGUCUUUUUAUUUUGUGGCAUUAAUAUAUAACAUCAGUACUUAAGGACUUAAAUACAUUGGCAUUAUAGAAAUGUAAAAUGGAAUAUGGUGUUGUAACUACUGAUUCAAUGCUUUUUGACACAGGUCUGUCUCAAAUCAGGAAAAUAACUGGAUGUAUUUCUGCCAGACGUACGCGCAAAUAUGAGUUUCUGAGCAGAUCUUUAACCGUGUACGUGCUCAAAAUGGUGUGGUUUCUCUUGCCACACUUUCAGUAUUGAAUGUAUGAAACUGACCAAAGCCUUGGACUGAUCAAAAAAUACAAUGAAAAUCAUUAGUAGUAUUGAAAAGCCUUGAUCGUUAUUAUAAUACUUCAUUACUAAUGACUCUAGUCACUGCAGUCUUAAUAAAUCAUGUCAUUACAAGAGAAACUGUAUGCUUAAAAUGACUGUAAUUCAUAUGAAAAUCACACCUCUGUUGUAUUGAACAUUUAUAAUGGCUUAUGAAAGAGGGAAAUAUGAAUGCACAUAUUUGAAUAUGAUGGUAGACCAUGCAGUGGCUCUUUGUUAUUAACCCUUCAUGUUGUAUUUUAGUUCCUCGUCUCAGUUUUGCUGUUCAGAAUGGUCAGUAAUUUCUGCCUAGACGUAUUUCAUGGAAGCACUGAUCGCCUCUUAUGAUAUUAUGUGAAGUGCAUAUCACUCAAUGUAACCACAUUUAUAUGCAUUUUGCCUUUUUGUCUGUGAAUGUAGGACAAGUAACUGUUUUACUUGAUUGACAUUAAACCUAUUAUAUCAAGAUUAAACGUUG